AUGUAGAUGAAAAGAAGAAUGUGGAGCUGAAGAUGGAUCAGGCUUUGCUUCUCAUCCACAAUGAACUGUUGGGAACAAGCCUUACUGUAUACUGGAAAUCUGAAUACUGCUACCAAUGCAUCUUCCAGCCUCUGGCAAAUGUCUCUCACAGCGGCAAAUCUGCAAAGCCAAACGUUGCAGCCGUCUCUGUCAACACCCAUCACGGGAUCAUCCUACAAGUUAAUUAUACCUGGGGAGAGACAGCAGCUUGUAGGCUGGAAUACAAAUUUGGAGAAUUUGGAAACUAUUCCCUUUUGGUACAGCAUGCCUCCACUGGAACCAGUGAAAUUGCCUGUGACCUAGUUGUCAAUGAGAAUCCAGUUGACAGCAACCUUCCUGUAAGUAUUGCAUUCCUUGUUGGUCUAGCAAUCAUCAUCGCAAUAUCUUUCCUGAGGCUCUUACUGAGUUUGGAUGACUUCAGUAAUUGGAUUUCUAAGACAAUAACCUCUCGAGAAACUGACCGCCUCAUCAAUUCUGAGCUAGGAUCCCCAAGCAGAGCAGACCCCCUCAGUGGUGACUGUCAACCAGAAACACGACACACAUCUGCCUUGCCAUACCGUCUCCGAUGCGUGGACACAUUCAGGGGGAUAGCUCUCAUCCUCAUGGUUUUCGUUAACUAUGGAGGAGGAAAAUACUGGUACUUCAAACAUUCAAGUUGGAAUGGACUGACUGUGGCUGACCUCGUCUUCCCAUGGUUUGUAUUUAUUAUGGGAUCUUCAGUUUUCUUAUCAAUGACUUCUGCCCUACAUCGAGGAUGUUCAAAGUUCAGACUGCUGGGGAAAAUUACAUGGAGAAGUUUCCUGUUAAUCUGCAUAGGAAUUAUCGUUGUCAACCCCAAUUACUGCCUUGGUCCAUUGUCUUGGGAUAAGGUGCGGAUCCCUGGUGUCCUGCAGCGGUUGGGAGUGACAUACUUUGUGGUCGCUGUGUUGGAACUCAUCUUCUCGAAGCCUGUCCCUGACAGAUGUGCCUUGGAAAGAAGCUACCUUUCUCUUCGAGACAUCACUUGCAGCUGGCCCCAAUGGCUCGUCGUUCUGAUACUGGAAAGCAUUUGGCUGGCUUUGACAUUCUUUUUACCUGUCCCUGGGUGCCCUACUGGCUACCUUGGCCCUGGUGGUAUUGGCGACAUGGGGAAGUACCCUCAUUGUACUGGAGGAGCCUCUGGCUACAUUGACCACCUACUUCUGGGAGACAAUCAUCUGUACCAGCACCCAUCCUCCACCGUCCUUUAUCACACCCAGGUGGCCUACGACCCAGAAGGGAUCUUAGGGACUAUCAACUCCAUUGUGAUGGCAUUUUUAGGAGUUCAGGCAGGAAAAAUACUACUGUAUUAUAAGGAUCAGACAAAAGCCAUCCUGAUGAGAUUCACUGCCUGGUGCUGCAUCCUUGGGCUUAUUUCUAUUGCUUUGACAAAGAUGUCUGCAGAUGAAGGCUUUAUUCCAAUAAACAAAAACCUCUGGUCCAUUUCGUAUGUCAGCACACUGAGCUGCUUUGCCUUCUUCAUCCUGCUCAUCCUGUACCCGGUUGUGGACGUAAAAGGGCUGUGGACAGGAACCCCCUUCUUUUACCCAGGGAUGAAUUCCAUUCUGGUGUAUGUUGGUCACGAGGUGUUUGAGGACUACUUCCCCUUCCGGUGGAAGCUGGAGGAUGACCAGUCACACAAAGAGCACCUAAUUCAGAACAUAGUUGCCACUGGUCUCUGGGUACUCAUCGCCUACAUUCUUUAUAAGAAGAAGAUUUUUUGGAAAAUCUGACCACAUUCACUGACAUGUAUUGCUGGAGGAGUCCAGCAGCCCUGGGAGCAGGAUGUAAACAGCCUUUUAAAGGGAAUCCUCCUUCACAGAAGGGACAUACUGUGUCCACGCUGAUUUGCUUAGAGGUCGGAAAGCUGCCUGUAUGUUUUUUUUUUUACUUAUAUAUUUGCAGAUUUAAAAUGUUGAUGCUCUCCCUUUUCUUCAUUUUCUAUGAAAUUUCUGUGUUGGGACAUAUAUGGAAAUCUUGAACUUCCCGGAGGGGAUUUACUAUGGACAUUUUGCCUCUACAGUGGAGGCCAAGAUUGGUGGGCUAGUUUGACUUAGAGAUAGAAUGCUUUCCUAGCUUGAACUAUUCAAUCCCUGGCAUGACAAUCAAGCCAACAACAACCAUAACACAAGAAAACCCCAAAUAAUUGAAGGAUGGAUUCUAAUCUCCUGAAAACUGCCUUCCUGUGUCUGUGCAUGUCAACAAAAAUACCGUGGUUUCUGUUGUGAGACCUACAUAAAGCUUUUUGAAUGGACUGUGUCA